GGCCCACCUCCGAAGCAUGUCUGAGCUAGAGAUGCGCGAGUUCGGUCGCGAUCUCCGCCGUGCGCGCACCAUCCUCAUCAAGAUCGGCACGGAGAUCGUGCACUCGCCAGAAGGCCUGUUAGCUAUGGGCCAGAUCGGCAACAUCGUUGAGCAGAUUGCGGCGCUGCAUAUGCGCGGCCACAACAUCAUUCUCGUGUCCAGCGGCUCCGUGCCCAUAGGCAAGAUGGUGCUACACCGCCAGUAUCUUCUUUCGGGCUCUAUGCAGUCGCAUCUCGGCGGUCAGGUGGGCGACAACGUUCAGUUCGACGAGAAAGCGUGCGCUGCCGCCGGUCAAAGCGGCCUCCAAAGUCUCUACGAGAUGCUCUUCGCUCAGUACCACCUGGCCUGUUCCCAGGUGCUGGCAUCCGACGCUGACUUCAGGGAGCCACAGGUCCGUACCAACUUGCAGCGCGCCAUGCGUGCCCUAUUGGACGUGGGCAUCAUCCCCGUUAUCAACGAGAACGACGUCAUCACGCUGCGUACUACGCCACUUAUCGUGGAGAACAAGAUUGCAUGGGACAAUGACUCACUAGCUGCGCUGUUCGCGCAGGAGAUGGCGGUGGAUCUCAUGGUGCUAAUCACGGACGUUGACGGUAUCUACACGAGCACUAAGGACGGCCGCAAGCUCAUUUCAAGGUUCCAGCAGGGCGAUAAGCAAAUGAUCGCGCCCGAGAGUCGCGUCGGGGCCAUCGGACAGAAGGACAAGCUGCACUCAUGCAUUCGCGCUGUGGACAGUGGCGCCGUGCGUGCUGCUGUGGUGGCGAAGGCAGAGCAGAGAGUCCUGCUGCGAAUCCUCAACGGCGAGCGUGUCGGUACUCUUUUCGUGUCAGAUGGAGCACCUAUGGGCGACGCGAAAGUGGAGGAGCAACAUAUCGACCCAAUGUAUUUGGGUAUUGCUCCACAGGCCCGGAAUCCUAUGAGCAAGUUGUAAUUGGACGCGGAAUUAUUAGAUUCCCAACUAAGUACGAAUGGCAGCCAUAUCAUUUGGAUAAA